AUGUAUUCCAUUGUGGAAUUUCUGGAGGCGAAGGAGGUGGAGUUGGUGCCAUCAGUAUGGGUCACCAAUGGUCAUUGUGCGUGGCCCUCGGGUUUGAGGGGCACGGCACUAAGCCUUGCAGUUCGUACUGCGACCCCUGUGGAGCCAACGUGGGAGCAGUACCGCGUGCGAGUACUAUAUACAACUGAGAACUAUGAAGAGGGCCGGAGGAAAUUGAGGGAAGCCGAAAUAACAUCCGACCUCCAGUCAGAUGUGGAGACUGAAAAGAACAAAAAACGUCGUCGCAAAGCAAUGAAAAACCAUCAUUUUAUAUCAUCUUCAGAGGAUGAAGCGCCGAUGUCCUCCAUCCCUGCGGCCCAAGCCGUUCAUUUUAAUGCAUGCCCCCCUCCUCCCUUUGUUAAUUUUGACCCACCCGCCCCCAGUCAAUCACCACCCCUCCCCCCGAACAUACACGGAGCUCACGGCAGCUCUCAUGGAAGCCACUCUGUAAUUUUAAAGGAGGUCCUAACUAAAUUAGAAAUGGUGCUGCAGCAAAACGACACCAUUCUCAGAAUACUCCAGCACCAGGCUACUCCUCCAGGCUUGGAGGAAGCCAUUGACCUGCCACUUGCAGACCUCCCGCAGCUGUUGGCAAUGGAGGACAAGCUUGGCUCACCAGAGUUCCGCUGUUCACUGACUAACUACCUAGGGACAAUCGGGGGCACCAACGUCCAGGACACGACUUCCCGCAUAUUAAAAAAAAUUCUGAGCCAUUCACUGGCCCAGAAAAUGAAUUGGAGGGGGGUCAACGGCAAGACUGCCCUGGCCACCCUGCAUUUGCGCAAGGUUGUCGUCGGUGCUGUGCGUAAAAACCCGAUUAUAGGGUUUACAACCGAGGCAGAGGUGGAGGACAAGAUGAAAAGAUGGCUCCAACUGAGUGCAGACAGGGAGGGGGGUAGAAAGAGAAGGCUGCUUGCUAAGGAGGGAUUAGGGCUGUAA